AUGUACCGUGUCCUCCAAGCCUUCAUUCCGGACGAGUGUCUCGUCUACCUCGCCGACAUUAUUGUGUUUGGGAGGUCUAUCGACGAACAGAACCACAACUUACGCGCGGUGUUGGAGGCCCUCCGGUCUGCGGGUCUGACCCUUAACCCCACUAAGUGCCUUUUUUACGCAGCGAGGUUAAGUUCUUGGGUCAUUUAAUCUCCCUAGGGCACAUCUCACCCCUUCCCGACCGCAUCAAAUGUACCCGCACGUGGCCAACCCCAGACGGAACUGCGCAGUUUCCUUGGUUUAGCGUCAUACUAUCGACGUUUUAUCCGCGACUUCGCCCAUAUUGCCAACCCCCUACACAAACUUACAGAGAAAGGUAGACCGUUUGUCCAGUCAGACGACUUUGCACGCGCUUUCACCGACUUACGUGCCGCCCUGUGCUCGGCUCCCCUACUUUCCCUCCCAAACGUCGACAAGGACGCACCCUCAUUUAUCUUAAACAUCGAUGCCGGUGGGUACGCUAUCGGCGCCGUACUCUGCCAAGCCAUUCCGAACGGAGUAGAGCACUCGAUCUGCUUCGCAAGCAACACCCUCACCAAACCACAGAGCAACUACUGUGCCUUCCGCCGCGAACUCCUGGCGAUUGUCGUGUUUCUACGCCAGUUCAUGCACCUGCUGAUCGGACGGCGUUUCAUCCUCCGCACAGACUACAGAGUCCGGCAGUGGCUGCGGUCCUUCAAGAAUCCCAUGGACCAGCUGGCACGCUGGCAGGAGUUUCUUCCGGACUUCGACUUCGAAUGCCAGUACCACCAGGGCCACAUACAUGGCAAGGCGGACACCCUUUCCCGCCUUCCCCACGUCACUGACACAGACCCUGGUGUGCAGACAGCCGACGUUAACACUAUCGCAGCGACGCAGCAACUAUGA